AUGUGUUAUUAUCCUGAUUGUGGUCCUCUCAAAUACAAAGAAAUGUUCAAUAAAAAGGUUUUUCCACGUGUGCCAAAGAUUGAUGAAACUUGCUUCCAUAUUUUGUUUUGUUAUGAAGGUUAUCUCAUUUCAGAUCUUACUUUUAAACAUAAUCACUAUGUGCCACUUUUAUUUACUUCCAAGGAAUUAAUUUAUAAGCCUCUAUUUAAGAAGAAAUGUAUGUCUACCAAUGUUUCUGGAUUCUUUCAAAAUAAAAUUGAUUUUAAACCUGUCACCAAGAAUAAGCUUAUUUUACCAAAGGUAUCUCUUCCUCAGCAAUUACCUACAUCAAGUCAGGAUCCCCAAGCAAUAAUAAAAGGUACUAAUAAUACACCUUCAAGCAACAUUUCAAAUCCUUCUACUUCUUCUGUAUCUAAUGUUUUUAGUAAUCUUUUACAAAAUAGUACUAGCCAUGAACCUAAUUUUUUUCCAAGCAAUAAUAAAUCAGUCAUAACAUCAAAAAUAGUUGAUUCCCUUCCACAAAAUUUUGAUGUAACUGAUGUUGCAUAUUACAGACUUCGUGUUAAAGAAGGGAUGACAGACAAACAAAUUUUCGAUCUAAUAAAUCAGACUUUUUCCCCUUCUGCAGAUUAUACCUACCCUAAAACUUUAAAACGUCAGUUCCGUUCAAAGUGGUUGAAAGAUUACCCUUGGCUUCGCUACUCACCAGCUUACGAUGGGGCUUUUUGUUUACCCUGUGUUCUUUUUGGAUCAAAGUUCCCUGACAAAUGUGGUAAAAUUCAAAACCAUUUUUUACAACCUUUUACAAAAUGGAAUGAUGCAACUAGAUCUUUUAAUCAACAUCACUCCACAAAGAAUGGUUUACAUGAAUUUACUUCCACUCCCAUCAAUGUUUUAGUCAAUGGUCAGCUACAACAGAAAAUAAACAAAAAUAGAGAAGUUUUGAAAUCUAUUGUUGAUACGAUCAUUUUAUGUGGUCAUACCAAUUCAGCUUUGCGGGGACAUAGGGAUGAUGGGAAAUAUCUCCCUGAGGCAGGAGGCUAUGCUAAUCAAGCCGGGGUUGGAAAUUUUCAUAAGUUUUUAAACUUUUCAAUUCGCAGUGGCAAUCAGCUAUUAAAAGAUCAUUUAGAGUCCAGUGCUAAAAAUGCCAGUUAUAUUUCUAAAACAGUGCAGAAUGACUUAAUUGGAUGUUGUGGUCAAAAAAUUACUAAUGAAAUCAUUUCUGAGGUUAAAGUAAAUAAGUUUUAUUCCAUAAUUGCAGAUGAAGCAUGUGACUCAUCAACUAAAGAGCAAAUGGCUCUCAUUUUAAGAUAUGUUGAUAGCACUUGUGAAAUAAAAGAGGACUUCAUUCGAUUUUUACACUGCUCUGAAGGAUUAUCUGGUGCUGAUCUCUUCAGUACAAUUAUGAAAUGUUUAAAAGAAGAUCUAGGGCUUGACAUAAUGGAUUGCAGAGGACAGGGCUAUGAUGGUGCUGGGUCAGUGUCUGGUCACAUUAAUGGUCUAUCUUCUCAUAUUUUAAGACUUAAUUCAAAAGCCAUUUAUACACAUUGUCACUCUCAUAAACUUAAUUUAACAGUGUGUGAUUCCCUAGACAUAUUGUUAGUGUCAGAAGUGUUUGAUAAAGUGAAGGAAUUGUCAUACACUUUCAAUUUGUCUGAAACAAGACAAAACGUUCUGCAAAAGUUUGUUGUUGAGUGUAAGACUGAUACCUCAAAAUCUAAGUUGAAAGAUAUUUGUAGGACAAGGUGGGUUGAACGAAUCGAUGGUCUAAAAGACUUUUUGAAAUUGUACACAACCAUUGUGAAAUGUCUUAAAUAUAUGUCUUCUUCUGAUUUGUGUACUACCAAAGUUUUGUUGGUGACUCUUCCUGUCACACGAAAUUUACAAUCUAAAUCUAUAGAUAUUCUUAAAGGUAUCAAUUUAAUUUCUGUAUUGAAAAAAGAGUUAAUUGAUACUAGAAAUUCUGUUGAUGCAUUUCAUAAUAAUGUAUUUUCUGAGGCAGUUGCUAUUGCAAAUGAGCUAGAUGUAACCAUUAAAGCACCAAGAAUUUGCAAAACACAAAUCCAUAGGUCAAACACUCCUUUUGACUCGGUAUCUGAUUAUUUUAAACGUUCAGUAACAAUACCACUUCUAGAUUUUCUUAAUACUUCUAUUAGUAAGCGCUUUCAACCUGAAACAGUUGCUGCUUACAAAGGAUUGGCAUUAAUUCCAUCUCAUUUAUUUUUCUUUAAAAGUCAGGGUAAAGACUGGAAAAACGAAGUUCAAGAUUUUAUUACAUUUUAUACGUCUGAUUUUCUUAGUGUUAAUGCCCUUCAAUCUGAACUGUCGCUCUGGGAAAAAUAUUGGGAAGAACAUACUGAUACUCUCCCUGAUAGCAUAUCAUUGGCAUUAAAAGCAGUUUCUUUCCCUGGUUUUGAAAAUAUAAAAUAG